GAAGAAAAAAACUGACCAGUCCUAAAGAAUGAGCUCCGCCGCGAUGGACGUAGCAUCGUUAACCAGCCGCUCGUUACUGCUGGCUUUACUAGUCCUCUCGGUGACCCAUGAGGCGCAAGGACUGCUGUGUUACUGUGAACGAUGUGUCAAUCGGUCGUGCAACACAACUGGACUGUGUUUUGCCGUCAUCGCUAAGUCUUCUGGACAGACCGUGACACAGGAGCAUCAGUGUAUUCAGCAGGAUGAUCUUUACCCCCGGGACAGGCCUUUCCAGUGCGCUCCUUCCAACAACGGGAAGCAUCCGUACUGCUGCAACACUCACAUGUGCAACAAGAACCCAAAAGUUAUCCCAGAGUUGCCUGAAGCUGAACCCCAGUCUAUGAGUCCCAUAGCCUUGGCCGCAAUGAUUGCUGUCCCCAUCUGUGUGCUGAGCUUUGUGCUGGUGCUGCUUUUCUACAUGUGCCAUAAUCGCUCAAUCAUCCACCAUCGUGUGCCAAGUGAAGAAGACCCUACUAUGGACCACCCAUUCCUUGCUGAUGGCACCACACUUAAGGACCUCAUCUAUGACAUGACCACCUCUGGAUCAGGCUCAGGUUUGCCUCUGCUAGUGCAACGGACCAUCGCCAGGACCAUCAUCCUCCAAGAGAGCAUUGGGAAGGGCCGUUUUGGAGAGGUGUGGAGAGGCCGCUGGCGUGGAGAGGAGGUGGCGGUGAAGAUAUUCUCCUCCAGAGAGGAGCGCUCUUGGUUCCGCGAGGCAGAAAUCUACCAGACUGUCAUGCUCCGUCAUGAGAACAUCCUGGGCUUUAUUGCUGCAGACAACAAAGAUAACGGAACAUGGACUCAGCUGUGGCUGGUAUCUGAUUACCAUGAGCACGGCUCUCUCUUUGACUACCUGAACAGGUACACGGUCACGGUGGAGGGCAUGAUCAAGCUGUCUCUGUCCACCGCCAGUGGUCUGGCUCAUCUGCAUAUGGAGAUUGUGGGUACUCAGGGUAAGCCUGCCAUUGCCCAUCGUGAUCUGAAAUCCAAAAACAUCUUAGUGAAGAAGAAUGGGACCUGCUGUAUCGCUGACCUUGGACUGGCUGUGCGCCACGACUCUGCCACAGACACCAUUGAUAUUGCACCCAAUCACAGAGUGGGCACAAAAAGGUAUAUGGCCCCUGAGGUGCUGGAUGACUCCAUUAACAUGAGGCACUUUGAGUCUUUUAAAAGGGCAGAUAUCUAUGCCUUGGGUCUGGUGUUUUGGGAGAUUGCUCGCAGGUGUUCAAUUGGAGGCAUCCAUGAGGACUACCAGCUUCCCUACUAUGACCUUGUACCAUCGGAUCCAUCAGUAGAGGACAUGAAGCGGGUAGUGUGUGACCAAAAGCUGCGUCCCAACAUCCCAAACAGGUGGCAGAGCUGCGAGGCUUUGCGUGUGAUGGCCAAGAUCAUGAGAGAAUGCUGGUACGCCAAUGGAGGCGCUCGUCUCACCGCGCUGAGAGUCAAGAAGUCACUGUCCCAGCUCAGUCAACAAGAGGGCAUCAAGAUAUAAAGGCAAACUCAUCAUCUUUCCACUGCCUGUCCGCUCGCUCCACACAUCCAGAGAGCUCAGCGAUAGAGCUUCAUCCUCUGAGGAGCUUUACCUCAAUCAGGGAUUCCGAAGGACCAGAUUUAAUUGGUGCUCUUCCCUGUUAAGGUUAGGAUUAGGAUUAGUCUAUGAAAAAAAUACAUGCAAAAUCACCUCAGACAACCUUUACUAGGAAUCAGUCACUCAUGCUUUAACCGGUGAGUGAAUAAAACAACUCAACCGACAGCCAUUCAGUGUCAUUUAUGUGAUUUGCAAGCUGGACUUGACUUAUUUCUGUAUAUAGCCUGAUGUCUAUAGAUGUACAUAUCUUGCUUACGUAUACUUGUUCGUUCGUGCAGUCACAGGUAGGCAGACACACAGGCAUACUGUGUGUGUGUGUGUGUGUGUGUGUGUGUGUGUGUGUGUGUAUAUAUGUUUAUUUUUAGUCCCAGAAAGUGCCACUGUUCUGAAUAACUCACAUUUGAUGAAAAAAGAAGUUUGUUAGUAUCAAGCACUUGUUUGCAAAGGAAAUCAGAAAAUGAUCAUGUUCUGCUAACAUUGACUCUGAAGUCUCGUCUCAUUACACAGAAGUAGUUUCAAUGCUAAAGUGAUAGCUCACCC